AUGGAUGAUGAAACAAUGAACUCCAAAUCCAAAAUUUUUUGGACCCGAGGACCAGUUAUUAUUGGUGCUGGACCCUCGGGGCUAGCUGUUUCAGCAUGCCUUAAACAAAGAGGAAUACCCUCUUUGAUUCUCGAAAAAGAGAGCUGCAUAGGGUCUCUAUGGAAACUAAAAACAUAUGACGCUCUGCAGCUUCACCUCCCUAAGAAAUUUUGCCAACUUCCUUAUGUGAAAUUUCCUAGUGAAUACCCAACAUACCCAACAAAACAGCAGUUCAUAAGUUACUUGGAGGAUUACGCUAGUCACUUCUCGAUCAAUCCCAUGUUGGGACAGGAGGUUCAGUGGGCUAAGUACGAAGAAAGCAAGGAGUGCUGGCGGGUGAAGACUAACGAGCACGAGUACAGGUGCCGGUGGCUCAUUGUAGCAACUGGAGAAAAUGCAGAGCCUGUGAUGCCACGAAUUCCUGGAGUAUCAGAGUUUAGGGGAACAUUACUUCACACCAGUGCAUACAAGGAUGGAGCUCCAUUCAGAGGAAGGAAAGCUUUGGUAGUGGGUUGUGGUAAUUCAGGCAUGGAGACUAGUUUGGAUCUAUGCAAAAAUGGUGCUAAAGUUUCUAUAGUCAUAAGAAAUAAGUUCCAUAUAUUACCUAAACAGGUCCUGGGUAAUUCAACCUUUGCUCUUUCAAUGUGGCUGUUGAAGUGGUUUCCUGUAGAAACAGUUGACUGGUUCCUUCUUCUCUGUUCAAGACUUAUCAUUGGAGAUACAAAUCAAAGUGGGAUCAGAAGGCCUGAAAUUGGACCCCUGAAGCUAAAGAUUUCUGUUGGAAAAACCCCAGUUCUCGACGACGGAGCUUUUGCGAAAAUUAAGUCUGGUGAAAUCAAGGUGGUGAAUGCUAUUCGAAAAUUCACAACCAGUGGUGUUGAGUUUGCUGAUGGAACGUUGGAGGAUUUCGAUGCGGUAAUUCUAGCAACUGGUUACAAAAACAAUACUACAUCAUGGCUUCAGGAGGCAAAAUAUUUCUUCCAUCAAAAGAAUGGUCAUCGUAAAAGCUCAUUACCCAACAAUUGGAAAGGCCAAAAGGGAGUGUACAGUGUGGGUUUCACCGCGCAAGGUCUACUGGGAGCUUCCAUGGAUGCACAGAAAGUAGCUGAGGAUAUAGCACAGCAUUGGAACUCCACGACAGAGAAAUACUGUCUUGAUGGUUAA